AUAUUAACUUGAUCAAUCUCUUCUAAAUGCCAAGCUUGAAGCUCUUGGUUGCCUUUCCCCUUCUAUCAGUAAUUAUGAUGGUAAAGAACCAAGUGUAUAUUCAAGCAACGGAUCAGAACUGAAAUCUACAUCAAAUGAUGCUUCAUACAACUGGCUCUCGGGAAGUUUGGCUAGCUGUUUUGAGUCUCAUACUAAAUUAAAUUUGGCAAUGCAAUACAUUUCAAAAAUUAUACGUGAACAUCCAAAUUGGGAAAGAUUCAAGUUAGUGUCAUCUUGUAUACCAUCAGGGUUCAAUAAAGAAAGUGGCACUCAUCAAUCCAUUCCUCUACUGGAAGAACUAGAGAAGAAGCUCAUGACCGGGAUUUCCUUUCUUGAUGAGAGGUAUUCAGUGAAGGCCACUGACUUGAAGACUAUGAUGUUUGUCUUUUCCUGCAAUAAUGGGAUGUUGUUUCUUGGAUACCACGUGUUGCAAGGCCUGCUUUUCCCAAAACAUACACAUGACCUGCUUAACAUUUCUGAUAGUGUUGCUUCUGUUCAGCUGGACCUUCUCCUAAAGGCUGCUGAAGAAAUAUGCAAUGGGUUUGCUCGCUGUGUUGUUGGAUAUAACAUUACUGUCUCUGCAUUUAUUCCUGCUCCCAAACUUUCAGAUGGAUGUCAGAGAAGUAGCAUUACCCAACUUAAUGCUUGGGAUUUUUAUUUAGAGAGCCUUCGACAUUCUCUUGGGACCCUUAGACUGUUUCUGAAGGUCUUGAAUUCCAAUGGUUUAUUGAUAGAUGACAUCACCUUGAAGGCAUCUGAUGUUCUAGACCAUCUGGAAUACUGCAUCCGUUUUGCUUCAGCAUGGUUGAGGAGGAGUCCUGAAGAUCUUCUGAUGAUGAGUCAACCAAUAUCAAAUGGACUCAAUGGAAUACCAUCUUCUUCUAAAUUUAAUACAGCUCCUCUAAGAGUGAAUUUGGUGGUGCAUAAUGAUUCGUCUGCUGUUGACAACGAGCUUCCUGUUUCUGCCAGCAGGCCACAGCUUCACAAUUUUACUGAUGCCAGAGUACACUUGGUUCCAAGUGAUGAAAGAUGGCAACUGAUUGGUUGUUGUUUGUGGAGACGCCUAUUCGUUUUUACUAAAGCUCUCCUAUGCAACCAUGCAGGAAAGGACUCUAAGACUGGUGAUUCUUCAGAUGUACUACUGUCUGGAGAGCCUUCCCGGUGUUAUAGUUUUGGAAGAACCCAUUCCCUGAAGCCAAUUGAUAUGCUGCCGAGCUUGUUGUCUGAAUUACUCUUGAAUGCAUUAGCAUAUACUUCAUCUGGUCUGAACAAAGAGUUUUCCUUCUUCAUCAGGCUGAAACUAGAGAAGGAUUUACCUGUUCUUGCUCUUGCUUGGCUGCAGGAUUCAGGCUCUUCAUGUUCUGGAGCUCUAGUCUGUGAAAAGAAUCAAGAAAUUGGUAAAUCAGAAAUGUUUCCCAAUGAAAAGAGUGUGAUGCCUUGUGAUAUACUUUGGAAUGUUUUUGCUAGCCAGGAAGAUGUACGUGAAAUUCUUACAAAAGAGAAAAUCAAGUUUUACCAGACUCUUGGUCGCAAGUCGUCUAGAGGCUGGAAAGAUGUACAGAAAUGUAUCAUAGCAAAGGACGGAAAUGAUGAUAUUAUUGGACAUCACCAAGAGGGAGGAGCUAGAAAUAUUUCUGAUGGGAGGGUAAUAGAUGGUUCCUCUAGAAAUUGGAUCUUUGAUGGCAACAGUUUUCUGGGACCCAAAAGAAAAAGUGUCAGCCCUCCCAGGGAUAGGGUCUCUUCUUUCAAUUAUCCAAAGGAAGUCCUCAAGAGAAAUGGUGAACUUUUGGAGGCAAUUUGUAUCAAUUCCUGUGAUCAAAAUCAAGUUGCAGUAGCCAGCAACCGCAAGGAGGAACAUAUACAUUGAGUCUUGUGUGGUGGACAAAAAAGGUGACCUAUAUGUGCGGUAAGAUAGAGACAUAUCCAAAAAGAAGGGAAGUUCAGUAGCAUGAGAUCGGUUCCUACAAGGGGUCUCUGCAAACUCUCCCUCGCGCAAGAGAGGCCCAUGCCUAUUUCCUUCUCUUGGAACAUGAUGAAAAGUUACAAAUCUCACUGCCACCUAGGUCAAGUAUCGCCUCCAUGGAUCAGAUCCACUUCAAGUAGGGAUUCUUCCCAUCCAUCUAAUGACAUUAAGAGGAGUCAGCUUUCAAGAAGGCCAGCAACAAGAAAAUUCAAAGGAAAUCUCUAUGCUGGACAGAAUAGCCAUGGCCGUGGGCACUGUAGCACCAAAGUACUAAACAUAGUUGUUAGUGGCAGGAGCGUGGGAGCGGGAG